UGUAAAAAAUUUUUUUUUUUAAACUAAACCAAAAAUAGGCAACUUAAUCAAAACUUAUUGAAAGCAUAAUAGUUAAAUAUUACAGAAUGUCACUUUCAUCUUUUUAAUCCUUAAGGUUGCAUUAACAUCAUCUCUGAUAUACAAAAAUUUUAAAAUUAAUAAUUUUUAAAACAUUAAAAAAAAAACAAAAAAAUAUAAAAAAACAUUGAAUAAAUCCACAUUCAAUGAUCUUUUUAAAAACGUGAAAAAACACAUUUUUUGCUGAUAACUUAUUCUGGAGAUAAGUUACCACAACAUAAAAAUCCUGCAAAAAAAAUCUUGUAUAAAAAAUUUGGAGCUUUAUUUUGUUUUUAUUAAUACUAAUUUAUUUGAAAGACCUAUGAUAACAAUAACAAACACUAAUAAUUAAAAAAUUUACAUAAAUUUUUUAGAACUCAAACUUAUACUGAAACAGUAACAAGCUUAUAUUAAAUAUAUAUUUUUUAAAUAUAUUUUGAUGUUUAUAUAAAAAUAAAAUAAUAAAAUUACAAUGAAACUUUUACAUUACACAAAGAAUAUAUAUAAAACAGACAGGGGAUGACUGGUGUAACCACAAUCUUUUCAUAGAGCCUCUUCACAAUAUCAUUUAAAGCCCACAUUGCUUUAGAAAAUUUACAAUAAAUAUUUUAUCUGUUAAAUACUCUGUGAAGAAUAAAGAAAAGCUCAUAUAUACAUCUAUACUUAUAUAUACAUAUACCCAUAAAAACACACACAUAUACAAACAUACUUUCAUAUAUGUCAGAAAUUAAAGAGAUGCAGUUUCAUUUGUUGUUUAAAAGAAAAAGUGCUUUUCAAAUUUUUUAUAUUGUUAUUUUUUAAUUGAUUCCAUAAUGACGGUUAGUGCUAUUUAAUGUCGUUCAUUCUAACAUUUCCGAUUUUGAAGAAAUCGCAGACCUAGAACUGUUUUUUGGAAUGUUAUACGCAUGCGUUACUUUCAUGUUAUUUCAAACAACAUUAAAGUUUUGAAACCUCGUGGCGCACGUAAUAAAUAUAAAUUCAACUUAUUUUCAAUACAUUUUCCUAAUUCGGGUAUUUAUUCUUGACUGUGAAAUGAAUGAAGAUAGUUGUUCACUUGAAUUAGAACUUUCACAAGAAACAAUGAUGGCAGUUGACUCUACUCUUUCUGUUGAAAAGCAUUUUUUUGCCACAUAUGCCGAUGUUUGUGCAAAAAUUAAAGAGCAUGAAAUGUUGCACACAUUGCAUUAUGUUGUAACUUGCUCAGGAACUAUGGAAAAUAACUUUGAAGAAUUAUUAAAAAAAAAAACAUAAAGUGUUUUACGAGGACAAGGAAUUUCCAUACACUGGAGUACCAUUUAUUGUAUCAGCUCUAACAAAACUUGACUGUCAACAUGGAAAAGACAGAAAUAUUAAAGCAAAAGCUCAAUACAGACAAAUGAGAAAUAAAAAAGCUAGUAUCGAUCAUUACUGUCAAAAAAGUAGAGUUGUUCUUCAGGAUACUAAAAAGUUUGAUUGUCCUGCCAAUGUGUAUAUAAAAGAAAUAGUAGAGUUUCCAGAGUUUAAGCUUUUAAGAAAUUCUUUACGGUUAAGAAAUGAAACAUCUAAAAAACUCCGUGUAUCCUUAGCUAAGUCAGAAAAUGUACAUAAGUCCAGAAAGUAUAUUUUAUUAUUGCCUGAUAUUUCUGUUCAUAGGAACCAUCCAGUUGGUGAGACUGCAGGAAUCAAUCAAUUUAUUUCUGAUGAUCUCAUAGUAAAAAUUGGUGACCUGGUAAAAAAGGGUGUCAAUACUAUUUCUGAAAUGAGGCGACAUCUAGAGUUUUUUGUUCAUGGAGAAAUUACUUCUGACAAACCACAAAAGACAAACAAACGUUUCUUUCCAAUGGAUAAGACAAUUCGAAAUCAUAUGCUCAAUGCAAGAAGAAAACUUUGUAGAUCUAUGAUCAAGAAUGUUUGCUUGAAAAAAUUAGUGAAUGGAAAAUAGUCUUUCAUGAGGCAAUGAUAAAAUUUAGACCAAAAGGUGUCAACAUCAUUGAUAAUAUUGAUUCAAAGCUUAAGGAUUCAUUAUUGUUCGUAUAUCAAGACAUGUGGCAGAAAAGAUUACUCUUACGGUAUGGACCUGAACUAGUUUUUCUUGAUGCAACAUAUCGCACAACUAGAUACGCUCUUCCACUAUUCUUUUUGGUUGUUAAAACUAAUAUUGAUUACCAGGUUGUUGCCAUUUUUGUGUGUGAGAAUGAGACCACAGACGCCAUCACAGAAGCAUUAAUGUGCAUUAAGGAAUGGAACCCUAAAUUUCAACCAAAAUAUUUCUUAACUGAUUAUUCAAAUGAAGAAAUAAACUCAUUAGAAUCAGUGUUUCCAGGGUGUUCUGUUUUAAUUUGUGACUUUCAUCGAGAGCAAUCUUGCAAAAGAUGGCUUUCUAAAACUGCUAAUGGUUGUUAUAUGGUAAAAGAUGCAAUUAAGUUAAAACUACAUUAAAUUGCUCAUGCUAAAACAGAAGAAAUUUGCCAAAAAGCUGUUAAUUCAUUAAAAGAAUCAGAAGAGUGGAAAAAUAACCCAAAACUAGCUGAUUACUUAAAUAGCACUUGGUUAUGUAAUCAAAAGAGAUGGGUGUUUGCCUACAGGCGACAACGCUUAUUGCGGAGUAUCAAUACUAAUAAUGGCACUGAAAGACAAAACCAAUCUCUUAAAUAUAGUUUUUUGGAAAAACGGAAAACAUCAUCUCUCACAGCUAUUCUUUGUAUUUGUAUUGAGGAAUUCCUUCCUCACAAUAACGACAACUAUGCAGAUAAAAGUAGAAGAACACAUUCAUCCUAUAGAAAAUAUAAAGAAAACAUUACGACCUAUUUGACAAAUUGUCCAAAACCUUUAGUAAAACAUUGCAUGAAUAUGAUAGAUAAAAUAAAUGGUGUGGACUCAAUCAGAAUUAGUGCAGUAACAAACAGAUUGUACAAUGUAGCCUCAUUUCAGUCUAAUAGCAGAGAAACUUACCAAUGCUAUCUCAGUGAUGCUGAUCAUUUGCCAAGUUGUACUUGCUCUUCUUGGCUAUUUAGUGCUUAUCCAUGCAAACAUUUUUUUUUCCAUUUUUCUCAAGUUCAAUCUUUCCUGGUCUGAUUUUGAUCCAUCUUAUAGAAGUUCACCAUAUUUUAUCAUUGAUCCCUUAUCAGAUGAAAAUAAUCAUUCAACAACAUUUCAUUUUACACGUUUGCCUACUGAAGAUAUAUCUGAAAAUAUCAAUGAGAAGCCUCUUGAUGAUGGCAAACCUUGGCAAGUGUCUAAAUAUAAUAAUCAGGCAGUCAAAAUUGUUCAUUCCAUAAAUAGUAAAUUCUUGUACUUUCAUCAAAGUAAAGAACAUGGUCAAUCACAAGUAAGUCACACUCCUGCUGCAUGUCGUGAACUUUUAAAUGCAAUAAUAAACAUGACACAUUUGAGUGACUCUAAACCAGCAAUAAACAAUUUGUUUCAAGAACUUCAUAAACUUAAAACAAGUUUUGGAGAAACUCUUAAAAGAGAGCAAGGUGUUAUUUUGUGUCCAGACCUAAAACCUGAAACUUGGAUUAAAUCUAAUUUACCAAGUCUUGUUAAUCUUCCCGUAAGACGCAAAAGGAAGUUGACCAAAAGAGUUGGUAUAAAACACGACAUCACUAAGGCAGCUUUAAAUAUCAAUGUGACACCAAAUGUAAAUAAUGAAUGUUGUAGUUCAGAGAUUUUUACUGAUGUUAUUGAUGAUAAUUGUGAAACAUUUACAGUUUCCAUGGAACCAAUUGAAGUGACAGGAGAAGCAUUUGAUAAUUGCCAAGAUUUCCACAAAGUCAACAUAGUUAAUGAUAAUGGCAAACUUCAAAGCACUGUGCACUGCAUUCAGAAUCUUAAAUGCUCCUUGAUCCAAAAUGUUGAAAAAAAUGACAUAGUUAAAGGAGAAAUGCUAAACGAUAAUGUCAUUUUUGUCAACGAAUGAUGUCAAUUCAAUUUAACAUUGAUGUUGGUCUUCAAGAUCCCAUUAAAGGAAAGGUUAUGUCUUUUGAUCCUUGUCCUAGCAAACCUUUUGUACAAAUUCUUCAUGAUUGAAAUAUACAUUGGGUUUGCAUUACAACUUAUGAUUGCAAGCCUGGAGAAAUCUAUAUUUUCGACAGUCUUUUUCAUGGUUUAAUAAGUAUUGAGACUAAAAGACAAAUAUGCUCCAUCUUACACUGUUCACAAAAAAAAAAUUGUUAUUAAAGUUUUACCUAUACAGCAGCAAACAAAUGGGGUAGAUUGUGGGCUUUAUGCUAUUGCUUGGGCACGCCAGGUACUAGAAACAAAUGGCAUUCCACCAAGUACUCAUAUGUUUGAGCAAAAUGAAAUGAGGAAUCAUCUUUUAAACUGUAUACUAAAUAUCCAGUUAGAUGUUUUUCCAAAAGCAAUUACCCCAACUAUGUUUAGAAGAUGCACAGCAAAGAGUUUUCAUAUUCCUCUACAUUGUUCCUGUCGCAUGUUUUGGACCCAAAAAUAUGAGCAUAUUUUUAAUAGACAAAUGGCACAAUGUUUUCCUUGUAACAAAUGGUUUCAUCGUGAAUGCGAAAGUUAUCCACUGUGUGCAUAUGAGAAAGAAGAUGUUAUCUGGAACUGUCAUGACUGCCAGAUGCAAAUAACAGAAAGCUGAAGUUUUUCUGUUUCCAGUUAAGGGUUUGCAAAAAAAAAAAAAUUUCUUGUAUAGUCAGUUAUGAAUGAAUAAAAAAUUUUCAAAAAUGAAAAGACAACUAAAAUCGGUCCUUCAACCGUUACACUAAAAGUUGGGUUUUGAAAUAUUGGAAAGGUAACCUGUGAUAUUUAACUGUGAAAAGGUAACAACUUUUAAAAAUAUGAUCAAUUUGUUUGUGUGAUGGUAAGUUUAUUUGCAAUCUUGCAUGUAAUAUUAAUAUUGUAAAUGAUUAUUUGGUAAAUGUAAAUGGUAUAUGUUUUUAUUAUAAAAUGUUUAUUUUUCAUUACAACUCAAUGAAGAAAAUUAUGCUAGUAAUGUUGCUACUGGGUAUCUUUUUGCAUAUAGUUUAUUAACGGUAACAAAAAUGAAAUGAUACUGGGAUUGCAAUACUUUGGUAACGAUAACAACAAUCAAAUGAUACUGGAAAUGCAUUUAGUUGGUAAAUAUAACAACGAUUUAAUGUUACUGGAAAUGCAAAUAGCUUGGUAAUGAUACCAGCAAUCCAGUUGUUGUUACUGGAAAUGCAUAUAGCUUGGUAAUGAUACCAGCAAUCCAGUUGUUGUUAUUGGAAAUGCAUAUAGCUUGGUAAUGAUACCAGCAAUCCAGUUGUUGUUAUUGGAAAUGCAUAUAGCUUGGUAAUGAUACCAGCAAUCCAGUUGUUGUUAUUGGAAAUGCAUAUAGCUUGGUAAUGAUACCAGCAAUCCAGUUGUUGUUAUU